GCCCCGUGGAAAAUGAGGCCGGCGCCUCUGCUGCAGCUGGUGCUGCUGCUCGCCCUGCCCAAGAACCUGGGGGGAAAGGGGUGUCCAUCUCCACCCUGCGAGUGCCAUCAGGAGGACGACUUCAAAGUCACCUGCAAGGAUAUCCACCGCAUCCCCAGCCUACCGCCCAGUACGCAGACUCUGAAACUUACAGAGACUCAUCUGAAAACCAUUCCUGGUCAUGCAUUUUCAAAUCUGCCCAAUAUUUCCAGGAUCUACUUAUCUAUAGAUGCAACGCUGCAGCGGCUGGAGUCAUAUUCCUUCUACAAUUUGACUAAAAUGACUCACAUAGAAAUUCGUAAUACCAGAAGCUUAACUUACAUAGACUCCGAUGCCCUAAAAGAGCUUCCCCUCCUAAAGUUCCUUGGCAUUUUCAACACUGGACUUAGAAUAUUCCCUGAACUGACCAAAGUUUAUUCCACUGAUGUGUUCUUUAUACUUGAAAUCACAGACAACCCUUACAUGACUUCAAUCCCUGUAAAUGCUUUUCAGGGACUGUGCAAUGAAACCUUGACAUUGAAACUGUACAACAAUGGCUUUACUUCAGUCCAAGGACAUGCUUUUAAUGGAACAAAGCUGGAUGCUGUUUACCUAAACAAGAAUAAAUACCUGACAGUUAUUGACAAAGAUGCAUUUGGAGGAGUAUACAGUGGACCAACCUUGCUGGAUGUGUCUUAUACCAGUGUUACUGCCCUGCCACCCAAAGGCCUGGAGAACCUGAAGGAAUUGAUAGCAAGAAACACUUGGAAUCUUAAGAAACUUCCACUUUCUUUGAGUUUCCUUCACCUCACUCGGGCUGACCUUUCUUAUCCAAGCCACUGCUGUGCUUUCAAGAAUCAGAAGAAAAUCAGAGGAAUCCUUGAGUCCUUGAUGUGUAAUGACAGCAGUCUCCGGAGCCUGCGUCAGAGAAAAUCUGUGGAUGCCUUGAAUGGCCCCUUCAACCAGGAAUAUGAAGACAAUCUGGGAGACAACAGCGCCGGGUACAAUGAAAACUCCAAGUUCCCAGAUACCCACAGCAGCUCCCAUUAUUACGUCUUCUUUGAAGAACAAGAGGAUGAGAUCAUUGGUUUUGGCCAGGAGCUCAAGAACCCCCAGGAAGAGUUCCUACAGGCCUUUGACAGCCAUUAUGACUACACCGUGUGCGGGGGCCAUGAAGAGAUGGUGUGUUCCCCCACGUCGGAUGAGUUUAACCCCUGUGAAGACAUAAUGGGCUACAAGUUCCUGAGAAUUGUGGUGUGGUUUGUUAGUCUGCUGGCUCUCCUGGGCAAUGUCUUUGUUCUGUUUGUCCUCCUCACCAGCCACUACAAACUGACCGUCCCCCGCUUUCUCAUGUGCAACUUGGCCUUUGCAGAUUUCUGCAUGGGGAUCUAUCUGCUCCUCAUCGCCUCCGUAGACCUCUACACUCACUCCGAGUACUACAACCACGCCAUCGACUGGCAGACAGGCCCCGGCUGCAACACAGCAGGUUUCUUCACCGUCUUCGCCAGUGAGUUGUCGGUGUACACGCUGACUGUCAUCACGCUGGAGCGCUGGUACGCCAUCACCUUCGCCAUGCGCCUGGACAGGAAGAUCCGCCUCAGGCAUGCCUGUGCCGUGAUGGUCGGGGGCUGGGUCCUCUGCUUCUUGCUCGCCCUGCUCCCUUUGGUGGGAAUAAGCAGCUAUGCCAAGGUUAGCAUCUGCCUGCCCAUGGACACCGAGACGCCUCUUGCUCUGGCCUAUAUUGUCAUUGUUCUGCUGCUCAACAUAGUCGCCUUCGUCAUCGUCUGCUCCUGUUACGUGAAGAUCUACAUCACGGUCCGAAAUCCCCAGUACAACCCAAGGAACAAAGAUACAAAAGUUGCCAAGAGGAUGGCUGUGUUGAUCUUCACCGACUUCAUGUGCAUGGCCCCAAUCUCAUUCUACGCUCUGUCAGCACUCAUGAACAAGCCUCUCAUCACCGUUACCAACUCCAAAAUCUUGCUGGUUCUCUUCUAUCCACUGAACUCCUGUGCCAAUCCAUUCCUCUACGUUAUUUUCACCAAGGCCUUCCAGAGGGAUGUGUUCAUGCUGCUCAGCAAGUUCGGCAUCUGUAAACGCCAGGCUCAGGCAUACCGGGGCCAGAGAGUUUCUCCAAAGAACAGCAUUGGUAUUCAGGCCCAAAACGUUACCCGGGACAUGAGGCAGAGUCUCCCCCACAUGGAAGAUGUCUAUGAACUGCUUGAAAAAUCCCAUCUAACCCCAAAUAAGCAGGGCCAAAUCUCAGAAGAAUAUAAGCAAACAGUUUUGUAA